GUAGCGUAGUGGCUGCUAAGACGUUACUUGCUCCACAUGUCGAAGUACUGCUGCUAUAACCUUGAUUGAUCAAUUUCUUCGUUUGAGACAAGCCUUAAAAGAGCAACAUGUAAGAAAUUUGAAUAUGGCUCAUAUCAACAUUACAUGUAUAUUCUCAAGUCUAGGGAAGUAACGUAUAGAUAAAGGCAGGCUGCUAUGGAUAUCACGGCAAAGUAUUGCCAUAAAGAAAUGGAGGCGUAUGGGUCAUGUGUAGCCUCCAACCCAUCGACAUGGCAAUUAAAGUGUCAUGAACUGAAGAUUAAGGUUGCACAGUGCACAUCCUCGCACCCAGUGAUCCAGAAGAUCAGGCAGGAUUGUUCCUCUGAGUUUGUAGAGUUUGAGCGCUGUCUGAGAGAAAACCAGGACAAACCUACCUCCUGCUCACAACAUGUGGCUCGCUUUCUGGGCUGUGCAGAGACAGUAGAUCUCAGUGGAGUAGACCCAGUACCUCAGCCAUCGUAGUAUUCAGACCUCUUUCAUCACCCUCAGAUUACUCCUGUCUCCACAGCAGCACAGAUGGGCUGGUCUCACAGGUGCACCAACCAUGUUACUGUAUGUACAGUGACUGUUAGGAUACCUCUUUUCCUCUGUUACUUAAUGGGAUUAUUUUUCUUUCUUCAACAAAGAUAAAGGAGAUUAAUACAACAUUACUGUGAGUAAGACCCUGUGUAGAAUAUGUAAUUACUGCGUUGUUCUUCUUCUCAUGUUGUGUUUAUUUAAAAAAAAAACAAAAAAACAUUUCUACUUGCCUUCUGUAUGCAGGAAGUCUGUUUUUUUUCAGAUUUGUAUUGAACCAUCUAAUUAAAUUUGACAUCAGACUUGUAUUAAUCA